CAUCUCCUCAUCUAACUCUCUUUCCCUCAAGAACGCCGCCAUAACCCUGAACCAACAAUGGCAUGUAGAUCUACGAUAGGUGGUUUCGUAUGGGAAUGUGGGGAAGAACAAGAACCCUUUUGAAUGGAUCGCAUGAUGUUAUUUCCUCUCAGGUAAGAUUCACUGUUAUCCGAAGCCAACAGAUGUUUAGCCAUGUUCUACAAACUGGUUAACGGGUUUCAGCUGUUAAGAAAAAUGAUGGUGAUACCAUUGGUACAAUGGUACUCAACCUGAGAGUGUUGAAGAAUAUAAUGUAGCAUCUUCAGACUUUAGGUACAUAUAUAUUAGGGGAGAACACAUUCAGAAAAUGAUGGCGGCUGACAAUUACAUCAUGUGAAAUUCUUAGAGUUCAAGAUGAUGAAUGUUUCAAAAUGACCAACUCGUUCCUACUCAAAGAUUUGAUGAUUGGAACUCGGCUAGAAAGUGAAAGAAUGGCUAAGUGAUGGUGUUUUGAUGGUAAUUGGAACUCAGGUAGAAAGUGAAAGAAUGGCUACAGCUCAAGGUCACGAAAUUCAGUGGUGAGGAGCUUUCUAGAAUUUUUCCUCCUAACAGCUAAUGAAAUUUGAGAUGCUGCUGAGAUGGGGUGUUACUAUUUUGGAUUGGCAUUAGUGCUUAUCCCAAGUAAAUCACUUUGGAUCAGCCGUGGCAAUGCUUAGGGUUGCUAGUGCAGAACGAUUUAGAUGAUCAGCCGUGGAAAUGCCUCAAGAACAUGCAUUAACUUAGCUAGGGAAAAAGACUGGUUAACUUUACAUUUUCUUCUUCACAAUAGCUGGUACUUUGUUGCUGUGAACUUCUUCUGUUCUUUCUUUUGCUGCGCUUGGCUGGGUUUAAAGAGAUGUGAGAUACUGCAGCUAUCAUUGCACUGACUAGUUAUACCAAUUUAGUCAGUAAUUGUGAAGAAAUUGGUCUAUGAUGUAUGCUUAUGUUUAGUUAUAGUAACCGUGUGGGUUUGACAGGAGUUUGUAUCAGCAACAAUUUAUGGGUUUUGUUGUUACAGUUAGCUGUUUUCUUUUUUUCUUUUGUGGAGGAAAUUAUUGUCAUAUUUCUUCUGUUUUCUUUCCAGAAGUUCAUUUUACACUAACACUCACAUCUUCCUCUGCAUUAGUGUUCACAAUUUUAAUGAAAAAAAAGUAGAGUAAUUCAGGAAUCAUCUUUUUAAUCUCUCUUGAUAUGCAAUAACUCAACUCUCUCACCAUUAAUGGCGAAAACUAUCUUCAUCCAUUUCUGAGUCUGAUCCCUAAUGAAAUCAAUUGAACCAACGGACUUAAGACGAGAACUGAGAAGAUCCCGCCACUACCAUAAGUUGACUCGGAAAUAAGAGUAGUAGUUUUUUUAGACGUAAUUUUGUUGCAGGGUUUAAGCCUGGAAUUGACUGUGCCAUUUUCAAUCAAGGUUUUUGGUGGAGAAGAGAAUUAUUGGUUGUUGUUUUUUAGUUUUAACACUAAAUUGAUUUCGGUAAAGAAUCGGUACCAUCAAAAAAUGGAUCCGGUUACUUAAGCCCGUAUACCCGAAGAAGAAGAAAAACGGUACAUAUUGGUGUCAUUUUCUUAUCUUCCCACUAGGCUGUCCUACGGAGACAAUCAGACAAAUUAGUACAUCUUAAUUUAUCCUUAAGAUAAUACUUCUCGAUUUGACAUUUCAAGAAUAAUAAUUUUGUGGCGCGGUGGGAUCAUCUGCUGCACUCAUUCAACGUUAAUCUCAGAAGAUUUUCAGAGACACCGGAAGAUAAUUAAUUAGCAAGUUUUUUUUUUUUUUUUGAUCGGUUAAUUAGCAAGUUUCAUGGCGAUUGCAUCUGCUGAUGAUUAUGAUCAUGAACCAUUGCUAUUCACUGAUCAUACUUAUAUUCAAGGUAUGGUGAAUUACAAAGGAGAUAAGAUCAAGAACAAUAAUAAUGAGUUUGGUGGAUGGAAUUCGGCUUCUCGAGUAAUCGUAAUUGGUGGCUUAGAAUCAUUCAUCUUACAUGGAAUGUCUUCCAACUUGAUUAGUAUCUUAACUAUGCAAUUAGGACAGUCUACGGCAACAGCUGCGCAGAAUAUCAAUGCUUGGACUGGUUUCAUAUAUAUGCUUCCAGUACUAAUUGCAUACGUUAGUGAUGCAUAUCUUGGCAGAUUCCGUGCCAUCUUGUUCUCUGUGAUCAUCUAUGUUUUGGGGCUUGGGAUGUUAACUCUAUGCACUUCACAAUUGACUGUCUGUUCUGAUAAUGCCGUGGAAGACAACCUUUUGUGCUCUUCCCCAUCUACUUUCCAAGUAAUCUUCUUUUUCUCUUCACUGUAUCUAACUGGAAUUGGGAGUGCUGGAUACAAGACCUGCGUACCAGCUUUCGGUGCAGACCAAUUUGACAAACUAAACUCUAAUGAAUCCAAGUCCAACAGUUCAUUCUUUAAUUGGUGGAUGUUCGGACAAUCCGUUGGAUCAUGCACUUCUCACUUGAUUUUGAACUAUAUCCAAGAUAAUUUGGGUUGGGGUCUUGCAUCUGGAAUUUCAUCCAUUCUAAUGGUUAUUGCUCUACUUGUUAUCAUGUCUGGAAUAAAAUCCUACCGCUACACUCUGAAAAAAGAUGCAGAUGAAGUGAACCCAUUUAACAUACAGGGAUCAAGGAAAUCCGGGACAUCGUCUAAUAUUAGUAAGGUUGAAGAUGUAAAGGCUGUACUGCGGUUGGUUCCGGUAUGGAUUAUAUGUUUGAUAUACCCACUAGUGCACGCUCAAGUGCACACCUUCUUUAUUAAGCAAGGGAGCAUUAUGGACAGAUCGAUAGGACCAGACUUUCAGAUACCCUCAGCUUCAAUUCAGAUCUUUUAUAGUAUAUCCAUCAUGCUGUUUGCGGCAUCAUACGACCGUAUCUUCGUUCCAAUUACUCAAACUUUUACUGGAAUUUCUAACGGCAUAACUACACUUCAGAGAAUUGGUGUUGGCAUAUUUAUUUCUACCAUAACAAUGGUUGUAGCAGGUAUAGUGGAGGAUAGAAGGCUUAAAAUUGCUCAAGAGUUUGGAUUAACUGGUGAUCCAAAAGCAACAGUUCCUAUGGUUGUCUGGUGGUUGAUUCCGCAAUAUGUCUUGUCAGGUCUUGCUCUUGUAUUCGCCGCUGUCGGUUUACAAGAAUUUUUCUAUGAUCAAGUUCCCAAUGGGCUAAGGAGUGUGGGUCUGUCCCUGUACUGCACCAUGUUUGGCUUAGGAGAUUUCCUCAGUGUCUUCCUUAUAUCAGUCAUUCAGAAGGUAACUAGUGCAGGUGGUCAGCAUGGAUGGAUAGCAACCAACAUAAAUCAGGCGCAUUUAGAUUACUUUUAUUGGUUUCUAGCUGCACUUAGUGUAAUAGAACUGGUUGCAUUCUUAUGUUUCUCAAAGUCAUAUGCAUAUAAACCAAUGUAAAAUCGCCCUUAGAAAUCUAUGGAUAAGAUUUCAUUAUGAA